CGUUCGUCGAAGUGACGCCGGCGGAUAGAAACAGUUUUGAUUCUCAAAUUUCAGAUCGUCACGUGACCUCCAAAAUGCGACCAGGAAUGCUGUCACUUGUCAUCGCCGUCAUCAUUGCGGCACUUGCAUGUGAAGAUAAUGCCCACGUGGUUAAACGAAAAAUUCGAGAACUGUGGCGGAAGACAAAGUUCACCCAGGGAGCAGACAUGUUUUCUGGCUUCAACGCAGGCGGAAUCAUAGGACGGCACGCCUUCUCCGUCGUGCCAGACCCUGCUGGAGGACCAGACCAAGUACUGCGAGUGUUCUUCCCUAACGGUAGCUACUCUCGUGCCUCCCCGGUCGGGGUGGUGCAGUUUUACGCAUGGCCCACGGGCCCCCAGUCGGCCCUGAUGUUCAGCUAUGACGUCUACUUCAGCAACGACUUCGACUUUGUCAGAGGAGGCAAGCUACCUGGUUUGUGGGGUGGACGAACAAACACUUGUAGUGCACUCCGGCGUGCAGUCGGAUGUUUCUCCACCCGCUUCAUGUGGCGGUCGUUCGGAGCAGGAGAGGUUUAUGCCUAUCUACCCGAAAAGUCGGCGUGGUCACUGGGCCGUGGCAAGUGGUAUUUCCGGAAAGGACAAUGGCAAAACAUCGCCCAGUACAUCCACCUCAACACUCCAGGCUCCAAGGACGGUUACAUCAAGGUUUUCAUGAACAGGGAGCAAGUUUUCAACGUCACCGACGUCACCUUCCGCACCGACUACACCGUCAACAUCAGCGGCAUUUUCUUCUCCACUUUCUUUGGCGGCAAAGACCCCUACUGGGCAGCCACCCGUGACAGUUACAUCUACUUCAAGAACUUCGUGCUGUCCACCGGAGAUGAGGCUCCCCUCAUUCUCUCAUGAGCAGGUGUUUUGUGACGUCAUCAUUUCACGAGCAGGUGUUUUGUGACGUCAUCAUUUCAUGAGCAGGUGUUUGUUGUUUAUUCACAGCUCACAACGUCAACAACCGGAAUGAUUUGCUUUACAAUAUAGUCCAACACUCAAACCAAAAGGGCAGGAACCGUCAGCGGGUGCACAACUCUACAUUUACGAAUAACGUGAAUUGUACGUGACAAGUGGUAAUGUCACGUGGUGCAGCGAUGCACAGAGAUUCGGCGUCAAUCAGCUCAACCACCAAGAAAGCGGUUGCAUGCCAGCUGUGAUUUUCUAACAGAGUAAGAUCUUAAUGUCAGGGAAGGCAUUCCAAGACGAGCUGCAACUAUCGGUCUCAAGACAACCACUCAGUCACACCUACUAGCAGCACUUAGCUCGUGGUGGUCUCAAACAUUAACGGCUCGUCUACACGGCAGCUGUGGUUGAUUGAGUGAGACCAAGGAAACCACCUUCCAUGGAGUCAAUAGGUAAUUGAGAGUCUGGUGUGUGUGAGCGCACGUCUCUGUCGAUUUGUGAGUAGAGUUCACUUCAGUCUUUGUGGAGUAAGUUUCGUCAGUCCAUCACUUUUAUUGCGGGUGAUUAACUGGCUUAAUUAGGGACCACCAUCGCCUCACCGCCAUUCUUGUGAAGGUGAUAGAACGAAUUGCAUGGUAGCUAGAGAAGCAGCCUUUUCAGACUAUUGCCAACAGCCAUUCAUCUGAGCGAAAAUUCAAUUCAAAUUCAAAUUCAAGCCCCCCAAUCUCUCCCACACCCCAGCGAAGUAAUUUUCUCCUCUAUUAGCCCGUCGCACGAGCCAGCAAGUGAAAUUGAAUCAAGGCGGGGAAAUAAGGAAGGAACAUUGUCCUCCAAUAUUUUUCACAAACGUGAUGCGACUAAUUAAAACCGGCGUUGUGAUCGAUAAUGCUGCUGACGAAUGGAGGAAAAAGGCUGGGAAACUGUUUCUUAUUUCUUUACAACUGUUCGCUAGCUUUGUUUCGAGCACAGGGCUCUGACAGCAUCCACUGCACUUCAGUGAAUGCGACGACGAACCUCUUGGUCUGUAGCUGCAGUUGCUACCACCAUCUUGUUCUGUCACUGCCAUGGCCGAGCCUGGUCUACCCUCCCCCUCACCUUCCCCAUCCAACACACCUGCGGACCAACCGACUCAGACGUCAUCUUCAUCAGGUAUCGAUCAGCCGACGAGACCUGGCGGUGUAGCGGUUUCAACUCUCCGUUGCAUCCACCUUUUCGAUCUGACACUGCGCAUGCGCAGGCUGAAACCGAUAUGCAGGCGCAGGUGAGGUAGAAACAUGAAUCGGUUUUAAGAUCUGAAGAGGUGUCUGUGGCACCAAGAUUUCUUUCACAUGCUGCGAUCUGUAUUUAAUUAUUCAUUCGUUGUGUGGACAAUUCUGUUAUCAGUGUCCACUGUAUAUUUUAGAAUCGCUGCUGCAGUGUAUUUCUCACCUUUGAGAUGAGAGAGAGGUGUUAGAGACAGAGCUUACAUGCACAAACUUUGUACUUGUCUCACAUACUCUGCAUCCAAAAUCAUUUGCUAAAUGUCUGUUCCGACAUUAAAUUUUUGGGGAAAUAUUUUUUUCUCAAAGGAGAAUCGAAACGCUGAGGCCGUUAGGGAAGGGGAAGGGGAGAAGGGGCCGGGCAAGUGUGGCCAAAGGUUGCCAUCAGUGUGUCUCUUAAUAAAUAAACCGGCGCCGAUGAAGGCCAUUAAGAUGAGCGCCGGAUACUUGCCGCUGGUCCUGUUAUUUUCUUUUUUAUGGAAAUGGGCUGAGAGUAAGAUCCGGCCUUCCUAACGGUGUCAUGAAUACAGACAGAUGGGAAAGAUAUUACGGGGAGUGAUGUCUCUACACGGGAUGAAAUGGCUCUGGCCUAAUCCAAUGAAUAUUGUCCAAACCUUUUGCUAAAAUGGUAAACAUAAAUAAAAUCAUCAAUUGAAAUCAGUUUUGUAAUAUUUAGUCUUCAAAUUAUAAUGAUUAAUACAAAUUACAUU